AAUGAAUAGACUGGUUGUUGUUACCUAAGUUUAGAAUUUGCUUACAGUAAAACGUAAAUUACAACCACAAAUCUGAAAUUAGGGUUUUGUCAUCCACUAAAUCAUUCCUCAUAAUGAUUUAAACAAACCCUUUAAAGGAAUCAAAGAUCUCUGAGAAGGCUAAAUUGUUUUGUUAAAGACUGAAGUGAUGUUGUCGGGUCAUGCAAUUGAUAUACGUGGCUAUGCUCGACCAAAUGAACUUUUACUAGAAGGUCCUGCAUCAGAGUUAGAAGAUGAUGAAGCAGAAAUUUCAGGGCAGGUUCUUUAUGAAGCCUCCUUUGAAGACCUUGCAAGAAAUUAUAUACAGUAUGACUCAGUUAUAUGGGUACUAAUAUCAUUGCUGUUGGUUUUAGCGUGGGGAGUUGGUCUUAUCAUGCUUCUCUAUAUACCUAUCAGAAGAUAUGUGCUGCAUAAGGAUUUCUCCUCACGACGGUUAUAUAUUACACCUAAUGAAAUAGUUUACAAGGUUACGAGACCAUUCUUUCUUCCAUUUUUGGGAGUUGCAAAAGUCGAGAAGCGCAUUCCUCUUACUCUAGUGAUUGGCAUUAUUAUUGAACAAGGUUGCUUGCAAUCAGCAUAUGGACUCCAUACAUUUAGAAUUGAAAGCAUUUCCCAUGGAAGAGCAACACCUGUAGAUGAAUUACAGGUUCAAGGCAUCUCUAAUCCAGGGUAUUUGAGGAAGGUUAUCGUGGCAGAAGCUUCAAAGCUCAUACUAGUUGGUAGAGGUCGGAAAUUUUCAACUGACCCGUGGGAGAGAGAAAGUACCUCAACGCGUGGUGGUCUUGUUACAUCGCCGUUUUCAAGUCUGAAGGAUUUCGGAGGCACAUUAUCUGAUUUGGUACUAUUUAAGCUCGACGAUGUUAUACAGUCCAUUAAGAGGAUUGAAACCCUUAUGGAGAAGAAACAAAUUUUGCCAGAACAGAGCUGAAAUAUGAACACGGUGUCCCCGUCUCUCUUUUGCAUUUACCCUUUCUCUUUGAGCUAACAGUAUCUUCUUUUUUCUUCUAUAUGCGGCUAAUAAUACUGCAUGAAAUGCAAUGUAUGUAGUAAAGUCUUUGUAAUAUUAAGUUGAUCAUCUUGCUACUUUCCGUCUCCCAAACUUGAAGUCGAGUGUUACUGUAACCAUCAUACCAUCAUAUCUACUCAUCCUAUCCACAUAUUUACAA